UGCAACACUUCAAACUCAUGAUUUCAUGUGAAUCAAACUUUUCAACUGAAAGUCUCGAAUCAUUCAUUCUGACACGGAUAAAUUAUUGGUAUUUUUCUUAAUUGAUCUUUUUAUUAGCUCAUGCUGAAUCUGCAUUGAAUUUGUUUUUGUCUUCUAAAUAGUUACUGAUGGUGGCUUUCCUUGCAGGUCCAUAAUGGAUUUAAUGUCACUUCUGGAUGAUUUUAUUCAGCUGUCGUCACGGAGUGCUUUAUUAUCUCUGUUGGCAUGUUUAAUGCUCAUGCUCUUCUGGCGGCGAUCCUGUCAGCGGCAGUUACCGGGUCCGUUUCCGUGGCCGUUAAUCGGUAACGCCGCUCAGCUCGGCACUUCGCCACACUUUUACUUCACCCGGAUGGCUCAGAAAUACGGCGACGUGUUUCAGAUCAAACUGGGCAGUCGAACUGUGGUGGUUCUGAACGGCGAAGCGAUCAAAGAGGCGUUGAUCAAAAAAGCCGUCGAUUUUGCCGGCAGACCCGAUUUCGCGUCGUUCCGAUUCGUGUCCGGCGGGAAAAGUAUGGCGUUCGGAAACUACAGCCAGUGGUGGAAAGCACAUCGCAAGGUCGCUCACAGCACCGUGAGAAGCUUCUCCACGGCCAACAUCCACACCAAACAGACGUUUGAGAAGCACAUCGUGGGUGAGAUCGGAGAGCUGAUUCAUCUGUUUCUGAAGAAAACUCGCGAGGAGAGAUACUUCGAGCCGCACAGUUAUCUGGUGGUGUCGGUGGCGAACAUCAUGAGCGCCGUGUGCUUCGGAAACCGAUACCAGUAUGAUGAUGCAGAGUUUAAGCAGGUGGUGGGGAGAAAUGAUCAGUUCACCAAGACAGUUGGAGCUGGAAGCAUCGUGGAUGUGAUGCCCUGGCUGCAGUACUUCCCAAAUCCGAUCAAAACUCUCUUUGGGCAGUUUAAAGAGCUCAACAAGGAGUUUAAUGAGUUCAUUCAUUCCAAAGUGGUUGAGCACCGCAAAACAAUUUCGUUGAGCCUCAUCCGUGAUAUGACCGACGCAUUCAUCUUUGCCCUGGAUAAAGGUUUGUCCAGGGGCCCGGGGGUCUUCCUGGAUAAAGAGUUUGUGCCACCGACCAUGGCAGACAUUUUUGGGGCUAGUCAAGACACUCUAUCGACAGCUCUGCAGUGGAUAAUUCUGUUACUGAUCAGGUAUCCAGAUGUUCAGAAACGUCUGCAGGAGGAUGUUGACCGAGUGGUGGAUCGCAGUCGCCUUCCAACCAUUGCAGACCAGCCCCAUGUUCCGUACAUCAUGGCCUUCAUCUACGAGGUCAUGCGAUUCACCUCGUUCGUCCCCGUAACAAUUCCCCACAGCACAACCACAGACACGUCCAUCAAUGGCUAUCCCAUCCCCAAAGACACUGUCAUUUUCGUCAACCAAUGGUCUUUAAACCAUGACCCGACCAAAUGGCAUCAGCCAGAGGAAUUCAAUCCACAGCGCUUCCUGGACGGGGACGGAGCUCUCAACAAGGAUUUAACCACCAAUGUGCUGAUUUUCUCAUUAGGGAAGCGCAGGUGCAUUGGAGAGGACUUGUCCAAAAUCCAGCUCUUCCUCUCUACCUCGUUGCUAGUCCAUCAGUGUAAUUUCACAGUAGAUAGGACUCCCAGUAUGGACUAUAUGUAUGGGCUUACACUUAAGCCAAAAGCAUUCAAAAUGUCUGUCACGCUCCGUGACAACGCAAAACUUCUGGAAAACUUGGCAGGAGAAUCUCAAACUCCUACACAAAAGAGACAAAGACCUCAAGUUUGAAGUGAAAUCAAAGCACACAGUUAAAAGAAUAAACCCGUGCCAAAUGAAGGUGGCUAAGAAAACAAACACUGAAGAAAAUGUCAAAGCACAGCUGAAUACCAGAAUGUGUGAAUAAAUAUCAAGACAUUUAUAGACAUUGUGCUCAGGCAAAAAAAAAAAAAAAAUCUUUACCAGAAUGAGCUACAGAAAAGCAUUUGUUCGUCAAACUGUCAUUUCAUGAUGCACUGAUUUACUGUAUAUUCAGCAAGAGAAGCAAUGCAGAACCUGUUGCAGUCAGAUCUCACUGACAUUAUAUGGUAGUUUAUUGUAUAAAAAAAAUUAAUGGCUUCCAUGUUUGAUUUACAAGAGUAUUGAGACAUUUAGAAACAUAGCAUUAUUCAGACAAGAGAUGUGUUUUGUAGUGAGACCAAAAGAAUUAGAAUCGAAGGUAGUGCUAACAAAUAUUGUGUGGUUAAAUUCAAUGUGAAAUUUUGUUAGCAACCCAUUUUGCUUCCAUAAUUUGGCAUAUUUUUGCUAAAUAAUUUUUUCAUGGCUCAUUGUACAUAUUGGAGCACUUAACUGGUGAAAUGUCCACUAGAGGCGCUGCAAUAACAAUUACUUUUAUUCACUUUUACACAAAUCACGAGUUAAAUGGCAGAUGAUCAGUUAAUAAGCAUUUACUUUUCACCCUGUUCCUCACACAAUGCUACCUUAAUGACUGUAAUCACUGAGCCCAGAGAUCCAAGUGCGGAGGCAAAACAAGACUUUAUUUAGUAAACUCAGCAGAGCUCGCAAAGAGUCAGAGGUAACCCCAGCACCGACUGCAGCAGGGCGAUGGAGAGUGUGUUCGUAGGCAUGUGUGCGUUGUGGUAGUGUGGAGAGUAGAGUAGAUGUAGGGCGAAAACCAAUGAGGAAACUUUAGGAGAAGAAUCAGAUACAGUUGAAGUCAGAAGUUUACAUACACUAGCCAAACACAUUUAAACUCAGUUUUUCACAAUUCCUGACAUUUAAUUGUAGAAAACAUUACCUGUAUUAGGUCAGUUAGGAUCACUACUUUAUUUUAACCAUUGUCUAGGGAAUUCUGCAGUCUGAGUGGUGCAAGUCACAGGAAGGCUUUGGAUGGUGAAAAAAUUGUGGGCAUCUGUCUAUUUUUUUAGUUGAAUGUGAUAUUUAAUAUCUGGCACAUGACAUCUCCUGAGCAGAUAGGAAAUACAUUUUGCAUCCCUUGGGUCACAUAAGGGAAUAAUGAAGGGGAAUUGCAGGGUUUGUUAACUAACAAAUAAAUAGUAUGUUAUGUUUACUAGUUUUUACUUGCUUCUACAAACUGCUAAAAUAUAUAUUUUUAACUGUAAUUGUGAUUUGUGUUUGAUCUAAUAUAACAUAUUUUUGAACUGGAAUCACAUUAGAUGUUUUUAGAUGUUAGAUCUAUUUUUUGAUCAACAUUAUAUAUGCAAAAAGUUUGAUAUAUGUUUGUAAAUGAAUGGAUGAUUUUUAGAUCCCAUGUUGUGAUGCAAACUUAAAAUUAUAUUUUUCUACUUAAUAUAAGCUUUGACAUUUGGCUGCAGUGCAAAUUCUAAACUGCUUACAGUUUACAGUUUUUGUGAUUAACUGUAGUGCAAUUUAAAAAAUGACAUCUUAUGUUUGUUUAUCAGUAAAAAAAAAAUUACAAAAAUAAAACUCUU